AUGAUCAAGCUCCGGGUCUCUCUCUCAUCUCUGCUUCUCAUUCUCUGCCAAAAUCUUCCAUCAGAAUUAGGAAAAGUUGUUUACAACUCGAAGACCUAUGAAUGUGAGCUGUUUUUACAUGGAGGCUGUGAUGGCAAUGGAAACAACUUUUUGAGGAAAGAAACUUGUGAGAAAGCCUGCAAGCACACUUGA